GCUGCGAGAGACAGUAAGCAGAGCCCCAUGGUGCAAAGAAACAGCUCAUUUGCCAACUCUCAUGAAGUGUGGAAGUACAUCUGUGAGCUUGGCAUCAGCAAAGUGGAUUUGUCCAUGGAGGACAUUGAGACCAUUCUGAACACAUUGAUCUUUGACGGCAAGGUGGAGAUGACCAUAAUCGCUGCUAAAGAGGGGACUGUGGGGAGUGUAGAUGGACAGAUGAAGCUCUACAGGGGCGUGAAUCCCAUAAUUCAGCCCACUGGCCUGGUGUUUGAUGACUGUCAUGAAGGGUGCGAGAUCUCUCCGUCUAACUGUGUUUACAUGGCUGAGUGGCUGGAUUUCUGAAAAGCCAACCGGAUGUCUUUUGUUUUUUUUUAAUGAGAAAGUAUUUUUAAUGCAGCGGUUCGAUGCAACUGAAGAUAUCUUUUUAUUUAUGUUUUGAACAUUAAUGGCUUUAAUGACUCAAGCAGAACUACAUAAAGUGAAUAAGAAGCAGCUUCCAUCUGGUCGUCAGUGAAAUUUGGACACAUUAGACUGAUUUUCUUUUUUUGUUUGUUUGUUAUUGCUUCUCUCUUCACCCAUAGAUAUGUAUUUUAAGAUAUACC